AUGAACCAGACCCUCGUGAAGGACCUCAACGGGGAGUGCCAGAGUAACCCCAGUGUGAACCAAGACUACAAGACCCCUGACGACCUGGACAGCCAGUACUACCAGAACGUGGUCGACAACGACGCGCUCUUCGACUCGGACGCUGCGCUUACCAACUCCACAGACACCAACGCACUGGUGGAUACCUACAGGACUAACUUGAUGAACAAGUGGGAGAAGGACUUUGGGGAAGCCAUGGUGAAGAUGGGCAAAAUCAAUACCAAGACCAAAGGCGACAAGGGCGUCGAGAUAAGGAACCAAUGCUGGACUUACAACGCGCCUCCCAACUACUGA